CCUCCUGUCCCCUUCUUUCAGAAUAUUUUGAUUGACGCCUGCGUGUUGGACUCUGAUUCGGGGCUUUUGCAGCAGGCUUGUGACAUUACUGGCGGUAUCUACCUGAAAGUCCCCCAUAUGCCUUCUCUUCUGCAGUAUUUGCUGUGGGUGUAUCUGCCCGACCAAGAACAGAGAUCUCGGCUCAUCCUUCCACCUCCUGUCCAUGUCGACUACCGGGCAGCUUGUUUCUGCCACAGGAAUCUCAUCGAAAUUGGUUACGUCUGCUCCGUGUGCCUGUCAAUAUUCUGCAGCUUCAGCCCAAUUUGCACCACUUGCGAGUAAGUGUCUGACAGAGAUCUCUUUGAAAACUAAGCAAGGUGCUAGUCCUCACUGGUGCUGGGAGAGGUUUAGAAACAAGUUGGCUUGACU